AUGGCUCCAUCCGUCCUAUCCCCCGUUCCAAGCACCUUCGCCUCCCCCUUCUCCCCCAAGGUUCCUAGACGCACCUCUGGCUUUGCUGAAAGCGAUGCCGGCUCCAACUAUGGCAUGUCUCGCUCUAUCACCUCCCGGAGGGUGUCCUCCCGGCGGAUCGACCCACAAGAUAUUGAGUUCUCCCGGAAGCUGUCUCUAUUGCAGCGUCAGGGUGGGGACGAGCUGGGCAUGGUAAUGUCGGGUAACACAUUGGAUAUGGUUCUGUCCUGGAUUCAUGAUGAACGCUCCAUCAUUGUGCCUCCAGAGGGAAGCAGCUACGACAAAGUUCUUGGUUGGGCCCAGCUCUUCAUCAGCCGACUUCAGAGGUUCGAAGAGGCCAUCCACGGAUUCACUAAUGUCAGCGAGUUUGCUUUUCAAAUGGCCUAUGGAUACUGUCUUGUGCUUCUCAAGUUGGGCGACGUGAAUGCGUCCGCCUUGAUGACAUCGUUCGGCUUUUUCUAUAGUACCUCGACGACGCUCGGAAACCUUCUGGAGCGGACAGAGCUCUUCAGUGUGACUAAUGAAAUCCAGCGGCAGCUGGUGCAAGCUCUGGAGGACCUGGUCAACCUGGUCGCCAAUGUGUCGAGUCUUUUCCACCAGACCGUCUCGCGUCUGGGUGAGGAUGAGGAAUGGGAGUACAUCAACAUCUACGAAAAGUUCCCCACCGAGAUCCACCGGUUCCGCAAAUGCUGCGAGGAGAUUUCGGAGUCCAUGUGGCAGCAACAGCUCAAGGAGAUCGGCGAUGAAACCAAACUGGGGGACGUCAAGGCCGUCAGGUCAUGGCUCACACCUGAAGAUCGCGUACUUUCCAAUGUCGCCGAGACGGUCUCGCAUCUCGCCCACGACCGGGAGGAAAUGACCUGCCGCUGGGUCAAACCUUACCUCUUCGACUUCCUGACCAGCCAGAAAAAGGUCUUGUCCAUUGUGGGUAAACCGGGGUCCGGUAAAACUGUCCUGGCCUCCGUGAUUGUCGACAGCCUGCAACAUCCCAUCCGCGAUGUUCACUACAAGACCUUGUUCAUUCCCAUUAACGCCCGACUUCCCGCUGGAACUACCCCCCGCGCCAUCACAAAAGCGGUCCUCUCCCAGCUGUUCGAGAAGCGCAUUGGCAACGUUCAACUGCUCCAGAUCCUGACCGACUCACUUCAGCGUAGUCAGAAGGCCACGAAUGACAAUGACUAUGACAAUAUUCUGUGGAAUGCGCUGGAGCGUGCCCUGGUUGCUGCGUUGCAGAAUGCCAAGGAGCUGGUCAUCGUCGUGGAUGGUGUCGACGAGGCCUCUUGCGGUGAAUCCGUUCUUCUGCAAAAGCUGUCGGCGGCCACAACCGCGGGAACCAACGUCAAGCUGAUUGCUCUUGGGGCGCAAAAGCCCACCCCGGCACCGGGACACGUUGUUUUGUCCGUCACUGACGAGCGAAUCUUUGAGGAUAUUGCUACGGUCGUUCGGAGCCAAUUCCUCGAGAACAAGGAGAGCGUGGUCUUUCCAGAAUUAGAUGACUUCGACCAGGAGCCUAUCAUCGAGCGCAUCACUGAAGCAUCCAAGGGCUCAUUUCUCUGGGCUAAGCUCGCCUGCAAGCGCGUUCGUGUCGAAGACAGCCUCGAAAAUAUCCACAAGACCCUGGAUGCCAUUAUCAGCAAUAAGACGACCGUCGCCGACUUUGUUCUCCAAACUGUGCAGCAGAAGGGCGUGACUGAUGAGGCUCGCUUGAUGUUGCUCUGGCUUGCGACGGCCGACCGUCCUCUCAUGGUCAAGGAAAUCCAGACAUUGUCUUCCAUCCAGGUGGACAAGCUUACAAUCACCGAGGGUCACCACGCCGACCCCUUGCGAGUCCUGAGGCCUGUCAAUUCCCUCGUGUAUGUUCAGGACGGCCAGGUGUACCUGCGCCACGGCCUUGUUCGCUCUGCCGUCCUGGAGGUGUUCUCCAAGGGAAAGCUCGUCCCAACCAUCAAGGACAGACACGCCGACUUUGUAACUAGGCUGUUGAUCUACAUCAAGUCUAACGUCACCGAGCCCCAGGGCAAGGAGCCGUCAAUUGCUCCCCUCAAUGGUUACGAGACCGACUCGCUUCUAAGCCGGUACCCCCUACUUGACUUUGCCAUUCGCUACUGGGUUUCGCACCUCCGACAAACGACCAUCUUCAGCAGUCAGGGUGAAGUAGCUGCGGCAAAAGAGUUCGGUAAGGUGUUUCCGGCUUCAAUCACGGUCCUGCUGCUCCAGAGAACUGUCUGGGCAAACAGGCCUACGCCGGAGCUGUUGACUCUGCAGACCACGAUCUCGACACUAUACCGCCAGCUUCUGACCCCCAACAACCGUGUGACACUGCAGUCCAUUAUCAACUUGGCUCUGUUCUAUCGCGAUGUUGAAUACUUCCCCGAGUCCAUUCCCUUGCUCUUUGAGGCUACCACACUUAGUCGUACUCUGCUUAGCACCAGCCCCUCCUUCACCGCACAGUUGGCCACCUUCUUCCUCGACCUCACCGUGACUCGUACAACCGAGACAAAGACGGAGAUUAUGACUAAGAGGGAGGAGACUCUUCUGCUUCUGGUGGACUGCUACACCAAGCUCUAUGGCGAGACGCACAAGACCGUGAUCACCACUCGCGAGCAGCUUGUCAAGCACUACCAGACCAUCAAGGAGUUUCAGAAGGCCGAGGAAAUUGUCAGGCACAUCAAGAUCAUUACCACUGGCGAGCAGAGCUCGGAGUCUCGCGAGUUCCACGGCGAUUGGGGUGUGCGCGUUCGCGGCCAGCACCGCAAGGUCAUCCGGACCAGAAUCAACGACUUCUUGGAGGCAGAGGAGCACGACGAGCUGAUUGAGCGGUCGGAGCUGUUCGAAUUCGAGUCCUUGAUGAAGCGGGCCGAGCAGUAUACUGGGGAGGGAAAGUUUGAGCUCGCGGAACGUACCUACGUCGAAAUCUGGCAGCAUGUGAGCAGGGAGUGCCGCGCGAACUACUCCUCCCUCUGGGAAGAGCGGAAGAUGCUUUCUGUUCUGGCCUACUCCAAAUUCCUGAAGACGCAGAAGAGGGAAUAUGAGGCCUCAUCGAUUCUGUCAAGUGUCUGGCAGGAGUAUGAGCAGACUAUCAUGUCUGCUUCCGAGACCUCUGUCGCGUACUUCCAGGAGAUUGCCAAGGUCAUGAAGACUGUGAACCUGUCUACCCUGGCUCUGACUGUCUUCAAGCGCUGCUCCGAGUACUACAAGUCCACCAACCGGACUCAGACAUCGUCCUACAAGGAGGUCCAGGAGAGCAUCCAGACCACGUCCAAGGAGGUGAUGCAGUCCUUCAGCUCGUCCACGAGUGUUACCUCGGAGACAACCCUGGAGGAAAUGGUGUAUGAAGCCUCCACUUCGAUUACCACAAUCGACCAGACGUCCUUCGCCGCAACUUCAAGCCUCAUUGGCUUGUAUGUUGAGCAGCACCGCUGGCAGGAUGCGACUAGGGUGAUCAAGAAGGUACUUCAUGGUGUCUGGCCGACCCUUUUCGCCCCGACCCUGCAAGAUGUCACUCUUCCCGAGAAGCACGUGGAGAACUGCAUUCAGCUUGCCGAACGUCUGAGCAGGUGCUACUACGCUCGUCGUCGUGUGACCAAGGAGGAAGACAUCCGAGUCAGAAUCUACCACGCCCUGCGGUCCGAGCGGAAGGUCGAUGACAAGCUCAGAGAGCGCAUCACCGACGAGCUGCUGCGCCUGUUUGAGCGUACAUCUCAGGACGACAAGAUCAUCAACCUUCACCAGGAGCUGUUGAAUGAUUACACUAAGCACUAUGGCCCUGAGCAUGCUGUUGUGAUCAAGACUCUGUGGACCCUGGCGAAGCUUACUCGUCCUCGCCCGAUCUUUGUUGACUACUACCUGCAGAUUGUUCGCACCUUGAACAAGGAAUCCCCGACAUGCCACCCCGAGGCAUUCGAGCCUCUGGUUAUCGUUGCGACCGAACUCUGGAACCAGGGUCGCUAUUCCGAUGCUGUGCACUACUACAAGAUCAUUUUCACCACCUUUCUCAGCCAGCCUAAGCAGAGCCCCAAGCUGCAGAACCAGACCUUCGUGCAGGAAAUCUUCACCCGGUAUACCCACUGCCUUCGCAGUGUUCGCACCGAGUUCUCUGUGCUGCACCAGGUCACCGUUGAGUACCACAAGACGGUCAAGACCGUGUUUAGUGCAACCGCUUCAAUCAGCCUCCAGGCGACUCUCACACUCGCGAAGCUGUGCCAGGAGUCCAAGCGCUACGAGCUCCAGGCGAUUACUCUGUACGAGGAGUUGCUUAAGACCAAGUCCGAGGAGCUUGAUCUCCACGAGAUCUCCGGCACCCUGGAAGCCAUCUACGAGGAACAGGCGGCGAUUGUGACUUCCACCAAGUCCGAGACUGUGUCUUCCACCCAGAUUGAGCGUGCUGUCAAGGUCCUGAGGAGCCGCAUCAACACUGUUCGGGAGACCCACGGCUGGGCCCACGAAGAAUCACUUUCGAAGAUGCAGCAGAUGAUCAGCUUCUACACCGAGCGCAAGGAGACCGACACCGUGGUGCAGGAGCUCAAGCAGGCGACUGUGCAGAUUCUCUCCUCGGAAACGUCUUCGACCCGGUUGAUCGCGGCUGCCUCCACCAUUGCUUCCAGCUACAUUGCAAGCAACCAGAUCACCAAGGCGACCGAGCUCACUCAGGAGAUCUACCGCCAGAUCGUCAUGAAGGACACUACCAACUCCAAGUCGGUGCAGUUCGACCUCUCCUCCAAGGAGCGCCAGAGCCUCACCUUCUUGGCGCAACUCGAGUACAGCCUUCGCCGCAGCUCGUCCACGACCAUCACGGAGAUCCUUGCCGCUCUGACGACCGAAUACGUCUACUUUGAAGAAUUCAGAGGCCAGCUCAAGUCCAAGACUAGCUCCAUCCACUCGGUGUCUGUAUCUACCGCGCGACUGUACCGUUUCCUGGUCACCAACAACCGCCAGACUGCCGCCACCCGGGUGUUUGAUGACUUUGUGAACUACUUCAUCGCCACCGAGGGUAAGCGGGUGAAGUUGACCCAGACCGGACAGGUGAGGAUCUUUGCCGAGACCAUCUUGCACCACUUCAGCACCCACCGCUCGGACGACUUUGUGCGCUCGAUUGGUAUUACUAGUAACGAGUACGUGGGGCAACUGUUGAAGAGCCAGAGAUGGGGCAGCGCCUGCGACCUGGCCUUGGCCUCGUUCCACUACAUCAAGGCCCACCAGGAGGUCUACCGCACCGUCGGCAUAGUCAAGUUCAUCUUCAACCUCGGUAUGAACAUUGCGGGCCGUGACCUUGUCGCUCGUCCUGACGAGGCAUCCCGGAAGAGGAUGAUCGAAGUCUCGGGCACCAUCCUCAAGGAUUCCCUCACCGUCAUCAAGGGCCUGAAGCUCGACAUGAGCGGAGUCAACUUUGAGCAGCUUAGCAAGCUGAUCGGACUUCUUGGUGAGCAGGGCGACUACGUCAACUUGGCGUGGAUCCUGACUGCUCUGUGGGACAGCCGUGAAGCGCACCGCAACUGGCCUCAUUACACUCUUGCCUUGGGCCACCGUCUCGUCAUCGCGCGGUUCCGCAUUGGCAAGCAGAAGGACGCACUUCGUUUGGCCGAGGACAUUGCUUACAAUUGCCGCCGUGUGCACGGAGCUCAGCACCCCAGCACCCUGGAGAUGUCUGUCCUGUUGACGCAGCUGUACACCAAGUUUGCCACGAGCCAGCAGGCACACAAGGAGCUGGCCAACCGCUACUACAAGAAGUCCGCCGCCGUGCACGAGGGCAUCCUGCGGGCGUUCUGCGACCCCGGAUAUGCCGACUUCGAGGGCGGUCUGGAGGCCAGCCUGAGCCAGGAUGGAUCGGUGUACGAGGUUGAGACGCGGGCCAGCGCCAACGGCGGCUUCUCCGAGGGCGACCAGGUGCGCCAGCACCUGCAGCUGUUCAAGCUCGCGGUGGAGCGUCUGGGUGAGUGGCCCGGCGACUACGAGGACUACAACCGGCUGAACGCGUCCGUGUUCAAGGAGUUCCCCAAGUCGCUGGAGGGCGUCGAGGGAGUUGAGAAGUGGAACCUGAAGGCUUUCGGGUCUGGCAAGGCCGAGAGCAACGACGACGUAUUGAACUUGGAUCUGCAGUCUUGGGAUAUUCUUGAUACCCACCCAAGCGCUGUGGAGGCCGAGGAGGAGUUGUAACGACUGUUAUUCCAUCCAUGUUGACUGUUUGAUUGUGUUAUGAAUACCGGAUUCCCUGCUUUGGUUGUGCUUUCUUUCUACCACUAUCACUAAUUGGUUUCCUUGCUGUCUCAUCAAUACACACUCGUUGGU